UUAACUCACCUAUUGGUGGCAAAUCACCCCCUCAACCCACUUUACACGCAGAUUACCCCCUCAACUCACCUGCAGUGGCAAAUCACUCCCUCUGUUAACGCCGGCACCAUCUUCUGUUAGUUUUUAACGGUCCUCAUAAGCCCUGCAUCUGACGUGGCCUUUUUUUUUAGAUGGAUGCUGAGUUGGAGGGUUUUACUCUGUUUGCUAGCUUCCAUCGUCUUCUUCCCCUCUUCGUCCCCACAUCCCCUCUCCUCGCCAAGAAGCACGGUCAAUUAUUCGAGGCGCAAGAGCUCGGCUUCGAUGGGGCGUUGUUUUCCAAUGAUCCUUGUGACCUGGUGGUGACUGCGAACCCGUUAAUGGCUCCGAUAAUGGGUUUGGGGCACCGUUCCAUCUGGGCAACAAUGUUAGACUCCAGGUCCUUCACAUCACCCUUGAACACGUCUUCCACCGCCGUCAGAUCGACGCCAGAACAGAACGCCCGACCUAACCCUGGACUUAGGCCGGUUGAUGGUGAUCGUCGCGAUUCUGUCCGAUUCCCAGGUCACGAGAUCAGUUUCUCCAUCGAGGAUUGAUCCAUUUCUCCCUUCUUUUUCUUCAGCUCCAAAGGUGUGUGUGUGUAUAUUUUUUUGUUCAAGACAAAGAAAUAUGAUUCAAGCUGUGCACUUGCACCCCUGAGUUUGUGUUAAUGGUUUUUUUAUAUUUAUUUUUAUGGCUAUCGGUUUUUUUUAUGAUGUUAUGUUUCGAGGUUGAAGUCUACAGUGAGGGUAAUGGGUUUUGCAUAAUAUCACCAAUGAGGAAGAAAAGCUUAAUUAGCUG